CCCCACUAGGGUUUUUAAAGGAUUAUAGGUUUUUGUUCUACUACUCAUUGUUUUUCUCUGCCGCAUUCGGCUAGGGUUUGCACCAUUUCGCCACCCCUUCCAUUUCGUUCUCGUACUUGUAAUCUCAUGGAUUCCUUAAACUAGGGUCAUCUUUAUUUUUGAGGAUCUUAAGGGAGGUUAUAGCUUGAGAUACGCCAUUGUGUGUCUAUUGAUUCAUUUGUCAAGGAAGUGAGGAAAUGGCAACUUUGAAUCCAUUUGGGCUUCUGGGUGAUGAUGACGCAGAGGACCCGACUCUUCUCCUUGCUGCACAGCAAAAAGCUGCUGCUUCAGCUUUAGCUGCUGCUCAGCCCAAGAAAGCUCCAUCUCAGGCUCAGCCUGCGGCCAAGGCCUCGGCUAAGCUGCCAUCUAAGCCUCUACCACCAGCUCAGGCUGUGAGGGAGUCCAGGAAUGAUGGUCAGCGUGGAGGCCGUGGUGGUGGUCGUGGUGCUGCGCGUGGACGCGGUGGGCGUGGAUUUAGCAGAGAUUUGGUUGACAAUGAAAAUACAUUUGGAAACAGUAAUGGAUUCUCUGGUGGCUACAGGGCUUCAGAAGACGGAGAUGGUGGAAGGGCUCCUUCUGAAAGACGUCCAUAUAGUGGACCUCGUGGAAGUGGGGGUUUCCGUGGUGGUCGUCGUGGUGGCUACAAUAAUGGUGAAGCUGCCGAGGGUGACCGUCCCCGUAGGGCGUUCGAUCGCCGCAGUGGAACUGGGCGUGGCACUGAGUUCAAACGAGAGGGUGCUGGACGUGGAAAUUGGGGAACACCCACUGAUGAAAUAGUCCCGGAAACUGAGGAACCUACCAAUGAAGGAGUGAAGAAUGUUGAUUCUGAAAAGCAAUCUGGAGAAGAUGAUGUCAUUGAUGCUAACAAGGACUCUUCUGCAAAUGAACAGGAAGAGAAGGAGCCAGAGGAAAAGGAGAUGACUCUGGAGGAGUAUGAGAAAGUACUGGAAGAGAAGAGAAAGGCAUUGCUUGCAUUAAAAUCUGAGGAAAGGAAGGUCGGCUUGGACAAAGAACUUGAAUCUAUGCAACUUUUGUCCAACAAGAAGAAUGACGAUGAGGUCUUCAUUAAAUUGGGUUCAGAUAAGGAUAAGCGCAAAGAGGCAGCUGAGAAGGCUAAGAAGUCUGUAAGCAUAAAUGAGUUUCUGAAGCCAGCAGAAGGGGACAAAUACUACCGAGCAGGUGGGCGUGGCAGGGGACGUGGCCGUGGUAGAGGUGGAUUUGGAGGAAACAACUAUAACGUGGAGGCCCCAGCUAUUGAAGAUGUUGGACAGUUCCCUUCCCUGGUUGCCAAGUGAGGGCCUUCCUGCCAUACAUUGAAGCUUACAUGCUUAUCUUUGUGGCUUGCGGUGGCUCAAUGAAAUUGCUCAAACUCCUAGUAUUUUCAGUGUAAAUUUAGAUGUAUCCCCAGGAUUUGCACUCAUGGUGCUUCACUACUUGGACAUGCAUGAAUGUUUUCACCAUAUUUAGAGCGUUAGGGCCUUUUUCCUUUAUUUCUUCUUUCAGAUUUUUUUCCCUUUUGUUUGAGUUAUUGGAAUCAUUUUUGUGUUGAAGUUGAGUCAUAACAAUUUUGUCCUGUUAUAAAUCAUGGUAUUCUCCAACUAUUGUGUUUUAAGAAUCAAACUUUUGUCCAA